GCGACGCGGUGUGCGCUUGUGCAGUAGGGAAUUGAGCAGCAGCAGCAGUGAGUGAGAGAUAGGAGCAGGGGGUUUGGGGGAGACGCCGGGAAGCAGAGGAGGAGGACAGCCGGCUCGGGGAAGCCGGGGCCUGUGCCCCCUCUAAGGCCCCCCCCCCCUGUGCCCUCACCCGCAUGGGAAGCUACUCGCAAGGCCAAGCAGCAGGACCGCCCCGGUCUGAAACCACACUGGGGCUCCGCAAGCCUCUCCUCAGCACUCCGCCUGGCAAGGCGAUGUUGAAUAAUCCUUGCCAGGAUCUGUGCCGGCCUCGCACUGAGGAGGGAGAUGCCCAGUGCGGGGCCGCGAGUGACGAUGGGGGGCGGCGAGGAGGGGCUCAUCGGGAUCCCGUUCCCCGAGCACAGCGCCGACAUCCUGAGCAGCCUCAACGAGCUACGGCGCGGCGGACAGCUCUGUGACCUCCUGCUGCAGGUCCGCGGCCGCGAGUUCCGCACCCACCGCGCCGUCCUCGCCGCCUGCAGCCGCUACUUCCGCGAGCUCUUCACGUCCGGCGAGGAGCCGGCACUGGCGAGCGAACCGGUGGCGUACCGCGUGGACUUCGUGUCGGCCGGCGCCAUGGCGGCACUGCUGGACUUUGCGUACACGGCGACGCUCACGGUGACGAGCGGCACGCUGCCCGACGUGCUCAGCGCCGCGCGCCUCCUCGACAUCCCCUGCGUCAUCGCCGUGUGCCGGGACAUCAUGGCGGCCGCCGCCGGCAGCAGCGGCGACGAUGGGGGCGGCGGCGGCGGCGACGGCGGCGAUGGUGGUGGUGCCGCCGGUGUGGAAGAGGAAGCGGAGGAGGAUGAGGGGGAGCGGCCGCUUGUUGAGUGGACGGGCACGGAGGGAUGGGGGGCGGCCGAGCCUUCUCAGCUGAGAGCAGCGGCUCCGUGCCCGGGGACCGGUUCCCGCAGGAAACGCGCGGGGCCCUGGGGGCCCCCCUUCCACCUGCGGCACCGGGAUGGGGGCGGCCCAGCGGCGCCCGACGACCCCGACCCCACGGACCUCACCGCGGACGACGCGGAGAACGCGAUCGCGAGGCCGACGGCGUCCCCACCGCCGAUGGCCGUGCCCUCGCCGCCGCCGCCGUCCUCGCCGCCGCCGUCCUCGUCGUCGCCGUCGCCGCCGCCGCCGCCACCGCCGCCGCCGCCGCGUGCCGUCAAGGUGGAGCCAGGAAGCGAGAGGCAGGCAGGGGCCUCCGCUCCCACGCGUGCCCCCGGGGGGCGGUUCGACCCCACGACCUUCAACCCGGAGUCGUUCGGCCCCGCGCCCUACGAGCCCGCUGCGCCCUACGACCUCAGCUUCAAACGCAACCGGCGACGCCGAGGGGCUCGCGGGCGCAAGCGGAGCCGGCUCGACGCCGCCGCCGGCGGUGGCAGAGGGAGACCCGGGUCACCGCGCUCGUCCCCUCUCCCGCUGCCUCCUCCCCACCUGUCGUCCUCGUCGUCGUCGUCUUCGCCGCUGCCGUCGUCGCCGCCGUCGUCGCCGCCGUCGUCGCCGCCGUCGUCGCCGCCGGCACCGCAGCACCAGCAGCACCAGCAGCAGCAGUUGGCGCGCGAGCAGCUGCUGGCGAUGGUGAAGAGCGAGCCGGGCGAGGAGUUCGACCUGGGCGCCUGCCUCGGCCUGCUCUACUCCUCGUCGGCGCUGUCGGGCCUGUCGGCCGCCGUGGUGCUGGGCGAGGUGGACGGCCGCGGCUUCAGGCCCAAGGCGAGCCAGGAGUGCCCCGUGUGCCACAAGGUGAUCCAGGGCGCCGGCAAGCUGCCCCGGCACAUGCGCACGCACACGGGCGAGAAGCCGUACAUCUGCGGCACAUGCGGAGUGCGAUUCACCAGGCAGGACAAGCUGAAGAUCCACAUGCGCAAGCACACGGGCGAGCGCCCCUACGCCUGCGCCUGCUGCGGAGCCGCCUUCAUGCACAGCUACGACCUCCGCAACCACGCGCGCACUCACACGGGGGCGCGUCCCUACCAGUGCCCCACGUGCCCCAAGACGUUCACACGCUCCGACCACCUCCACCGCCAUGUCAAGCGCCAGAGCUGCCGAGCGGGUGGCCCCCACGCCGGCGGCCCUCGUCGCCACCGUCAGCCCAAGCUGGAGCGUGACGCCGGCGCCGAGGGGGCACCGUGGCCCACCAGGGCCGGGCGUGGGGGCGUACGGGGGGGCGGCGGUGGGGCCGGCUCAGGGGCGACGGCGGCGGAGGGGGGCUGGUGCCCCCCCGCGGAUAGAGGGGGAGGGCGCGGGCGCCGGCGUGGCCGGGGAGGGGGUCGCGGUUCCCGUACGGAGCGUUACGCGGUCAGCCGCGCCAUGAUGAUGCAGCACCAGCAGCACCAGCAGCACCAGCAGCACCGCGACGCGGGGCCGCCGGGACGGCACGAGCGCCUGCCCACGCCGUCACCGUCGGCGCCGCCGCCGCCGCCGCCUCGUCCUCCCCCAGCGCCGACGUGCCCGGCCGCCCCUCCGCUCGACCCGGCUGUCGGUUACGCGGCGAGCGCUUUCUACGGCGAAAUCUUCGGGCGCCUGGGAGACGCCGGCGUCGGCGGCGCCAGCAACGGUGCGGCGCCGGACGACGUGGUGGCGCAGGGCUUCUUUGGGCACCGGCCGCACCCGCACCUCUACCCGCUGCUGCAGAUGCAGCAGGCCAUCGCGGCCGAGUACUGCGCGAAAGCGCAGCUGGGCCCCAGCGGCGCCGGAGGAAGGACGGCGCCGCUGCUGGCGCCGACCACGCUCGCGGAGUUGCACGGCUUCCCGGCGUUCCCCCGCGCCAUCGACGGCGUGCGGCAAUAGCCCCCCCCCCCCACUUCCCUUCCAAACUCCGGGACCACGUGACCCCCCCCCUCCCCCCGUCCCCUCUCUCCUCUGUCACACUUCGUGGCCCUCUCCUGUCCCUGGCGGAGUUCCGAGCCGAGUCGAAGUUUUGCGCCGACCGUGCCGGAACCGGGAAGGUCCGGAUGAGGGCCUGGAUGGUGCCGGCGAUUGGACGCCGGCUCUGGGGUCUGGCGCAAGCCACGCGCGUCAUUUGACGACGACGACGAGGAGACGGGGGAGGGGCGGGCGGGCGGGCGGGGUCCACUCCCCCCCCCUGCCCUCUCCGACCCCCCCUCCCCAUUCCCUGUAACGUUUACAGAAUCGGGUUCCAGGAUGCGGCCCCACCAUGAGUGGGGCCGCGGGAUUGUCCCGGUCCGGUUAGGCCGGGGGCCGGGCCAGAGCUCGCAUUGGUCCCGGCCCCGGCUAUCGCCGCCCCCACCCCCCAUCGCCGAACGGGGGGGGAGGGGGUGGUGGCUCGAUGCUGCUUCGCCGGAGGCGAUGAUGGCGACGAUGAAGAUUGAAGCGACGAUGACGGCGACGGGCCGCCCAUCACCGUUCGUUAGCGUUGCCACUGGAGCCCCCCCAGCGCCCCUCCCCACCCCACCCCACCCCCCGUGUCCCCCACGUCCCUCCCCAGCUGAGCGUUUGCACUAAUCGGAGGAAGGGGGGGGGGGCUAAGAUGAGGGAGUUGCGGUUGCGGCCAGGAGGCCGGGGCCACGUGUAUUUAUGACGCCGCCGCCGUUGUCGUCGUGGGGUCCAGUUACAGUCUUUAAUUGAAGAGUCGCGAUCAUGGCGCCAACUGGGCGAGGGCGCUUUGGUUGUGAGGCCGGGCCCCGCCUGUCUUUGACUGUCGUUGCUGUAGCCAUGGCUGUUACAUUAGCACGUGUUUUCUACUAUCGCCGUCGCUAGCGUUGUUUUUGCGUAGAGCCCCCUGUUCCGUUAGUCCCUUGAACAGUUUUGUACAAUUUAGCACUUUAUGGGUGAAGGGUGGCGGUCGGUGGACUCGGUGGGGCUGUGGCGGUGGCUGUGAGGGGUGGAGGGAGCCCCCGCGGAGAGUUGAGGUUCGAGUUGGUUCCCGGGUUCGGUUCCGGGCGCGAGCAGCUGCCGCUUCCCGCAGGAUUCGGGUUCAGUGGUGGCACCGUUCUGUCUCUCUCCCCCUGCUCCUCGUCGUCCUCCUGCCUGCAUGGCCAGGAGGCGCCGUGCCCGAGGCCACGGUGGCGUCUCCUGGUUUUUCGUUUCUCUCGCGGUCGGAGGCCACCGAGUCGCCGUUUGUAAAUGUUCCACGGUAGGGCCCUGAGCAAGCGAGGUGGACGGCCUCGGAUUUCCGCGCUCCGAUUGGUCGGGUGGUGGGGCUUCGGGUUUUUAAAGGUUAGUAAUUAUAAAUCGUGCUGAUAACGGUGGCGACGUCCUUUCCCCCCCCCCCCCCCCCCCCCCCCCCCCCCGAGUCUCGAGACUCGUUUCCAAUAGCAUCCCUGCUACACCGGGAGAUGCGCGGCCAAUUCCUUUUUUACAAUACCGUAAGUCAAGAGCGCGUUCCGUUGCGGUGGACUCCGAAGUCGGAGGCGUCUCCUUAGAUCGCAAGUCGCCAUCGCAGCCCGAUGAAGUGAUCAAUCGUGAGCUGCGAUUGAUCACGAGGCUUAGAGCUGCGUGGCUGCACCGCAGUGCGGUCUAGGGGAAGGUGGGUGGGUGAGUGGUGGCCGGGUUAGGGGGUCCUGCACAGCCCUACCCUGGGCAAAGUUAAAGGGUAAGGGUGUCGACAUGCCAAGGGGUAAGGUAAAGGGUAGGGUAAAGGUAGCUCGGAAGAAUUACCCGGUAGGGUAAAGGUAGCGUGAAGUAUUACCCGGUAAAUACGGUACCUUGUUUACCGCUAAAAG